AGCACCAACAAGAAGAUGGAGGCUCAGAAAAAUAACACAAGAGGGAGACACUCCAUGGGACCUCACUACCAGGGAAGAGCUAGGCAUCCUCUGAAUGGGAUACGUAUCCAGCUUGUGACACUGGUGGUAAGCAUGUUGGUGGCAGGCUCAGCCUCUUCAGGGGAGGACCUGGGGACUAAUAUUGGAAUUUUUGGGUGGCAAAAUCCUGGAACCAUACGAGCACGUUACCUUUACACCAGGUCAAUGGUAUCUGUAUGGUUUCCAGAGAGAGGGUUUUGCCAACGGUGUAAUUCAGCAUUAUACCCCGGUGGAGAAUGUGUCUGCCAUACAACAUGACUUGCACGCCCUCUGUCUCAAAGAAUACAGGCAUUUUCAGGACUUGGACCCUGUACCUAUCAAAUCCUUAAGAUGGGUGUCUAGGAAUCCACACCUGCACCCUUACCAGCAAGUGAGAGCCAACACUUCCUCAGUGUUGUGUACAAAGGAGGGUUUGCUGAGUCCUGAAGAUGUCACUGGGGCAGAGUACAGCGGUUGGUAUAUCCUGAAAGCUACCUUCCUAGGGAAGUAUAGCAGAAACGGGUUGAGGGUUAGGACAUAUUUCGAUAGGCCCAUUCCGGUAAAAGGCACCCUGAAGGCUUAUUGUAUGUUGAGGGAUUCCCAGAUGAUUAUCACCAGGGAAUCCAGUUAUGUACAGGGACAUGUAUCCACAGAUUACUUGCGAACCAGCAUAAUGAUGUUAAAGUUAAAUUGCAGUGACUCUGAUCAGGCCAUCUGGAAUGAUCAGAGUGGUCCGGUAAAACUGGAGGGUUUGUAUCGAGCCACAGUUUUAAAGGUACGGACCGAUGCCAAGGACCCAAGGUAUACGCAGUUAAAGGGGUCUCCAUCCAUACGGUCUUUCAUGAUUACGAUCAUGAGAGACAACUGCGUUCCUGAGGUGACGGGAUACUAUUUCGUCACCUAUGCCCACUGGGAACAGGAUACCCAGAUGGUGAUGUUAGACACUAAUCCCUGGAGGUGGGAUUUAGUGUGUAAUGGGGUGGACACCCCUACAGUGGAUGUAUGGAUGGAUGGUACCCCUAUGACUGAGGAAUACCGGGGUAGGUAUGUGUCUUCCGAUUGGACAGACCCCAGAGGCAGGGACAUUAACUUUGACAUCAAUAUAGAUGGUUCAUUCAAGUGGCCUUUUUGUGAGGCAGCCGACGAAGGGUGCUGGACCUUUACUCAAUGGGUCUAUCUAUCUCAAACCAAACCCGUAGGGAAACUAGUGUUACAAGCUGGAGAAGACGAACAAUGGUAUCCAUUCAAAGGACGGGGACAGGUCUGUGUUACGGUAGUAAGGGUCCCUUACGAAACAGAAGGUCUCCAACCAGUACGACCACAUUCGGACUCUUGCACCACCCCUAUCCAUCAAUUGGCAGACCCUGUAGCUCCUCAACUGUCAUCCCCCUGGAAGAUCAUCACGGAUGCAAAAUUCAUCCUGUUUACCUGGAGAAUUUCCGUGGAUGACUUCAGAGUGGAUCACUGGGAUCACAGGUGUGAGGAGUUCGUUAGGAACCAAAUUGACAUGGUAAGAGGUUGGAUAGAGGCGGGGCAAGAGGUCAGGAAAGACGACUCUCGACUCAGGAAGAACAGGGGGAGGAGAGACCUGGUGGCUAUGGGACUUGGCGGAGGUGCUUUGGGAGUGGGUGCCCUGAACACUAUGGAUAUGGAAGUCCUGAGAAGUAAGCUUGGGGAGGUUGCGCGACACGCCGGGGAGGGAUUCAAGACCCAGAUUGAUGUAGACCACGUCUUAGAGGGUUUACAACACUCGCACAUUGAUGCCACUACCUCUCUAUCUUCCGCUAUACGUGAGAAGUUUAGGAGGUUAGUUGUGGGUCUUUUGGAGGAGCAGGAUCGGGCUCAGCUUGCUCUGGCGUGUACGCAGGUCCAGAGUGAACUCUCGGACAACCUUAAACAUAUUGUCACGGCACUUCAUAACGGCCACUUCCCAUUCAACCUCCGUCAGCGAAUAAGCCCACUAAUUUCUCCUUUUGCCAUUAAUCACACCAACUGGUGGGUGGUUCAGUGGCAUGGAUGUCAAAAUUUAACCUGCACUGCUUCGUCCCUGGCACCUGUAUCCGGUCGCAUCAGACAAGGAUACAGUGUCAUCAAUCUAGGAACAAUGAUUAACAACCAGACGGUGCUUCAUCCCCAGCUCCCCUCGGGCAUUCUAACCUAUGAGGAGGGCCAUCCCUCUUUGUUUGAUACAGAGGGAUGUCGGAUAAGGGAGAAUGCCAUCCUCUGUCAGGGUAGUCGGGAGCGGACGCUCAGAGGGGUCCUGUGAGAUGAAGGCCAACCCAAUGCCCUCAUCCUCUUUGAAAUAUUUGGGGCAGGGGUAUUGGUGUUGGUACCAAGGGAGUGAUCCAUCAUAUGCAAUUUUUGGACUUAACUGCACCGAACGAGGAACACUCCGCCCCAGAGCAUACUGCACCCUUAGUCCCGUUUUAGGUUUGAACGUCACAGAGCAGCAGGGAAGAACCCCGAUUACCCCAGAGAAAAGACUUGACAUCCGCCCCGAUGUUCCUGUAAGACUUCAGAAGAUUCCUCUUGGUUUCGGCAAAGAACUUAGACAUCUCCUAAUGGAUUUUAACCAAGAGGAAGAGAUCGUACAACGUCUUCGGGAGACGGAGAAGCAAGCCACCAUUCAACUCACCCAUGACCGAACAAAGAUUACCGCGGUUGCCACAGCAUUGAACAAGGACUCAAAGGUUUCGUGGUGGGAGAGUCUUUUCGGAUAUAGUCCUAAGGCAACUUCAUUUUUCAAUUUAUUGAUACACCCGGUGAUAGUGCUUCUGGCUCUGGUUGGACUCAUGUACCUUGGACUAUGGUGGAUGUAUCGGAGAGUCAAGAGACUAACGGACCAACUAAACCAGAACCAGACGGCACUGCACGAAGUCAACCGCCGAAGGCUCAGGACAUGACUCCACAAGAAGUCCUGAGGCCUAAUCACCCAAAAGACAGGACAAUUGGACUUAACUCUUGGGUUUGGGGGGGUUGGGGGGUUAUUGUGUAAAUAGGUGGUGUGAAUGGGGAUAGAAUAGGGCACGAUAGGGACAGGCCCCCUCUGGUUGCCAUUUGCCACUUUGACCCCUGAACGGUAAGGACCAUGAGGGAAAACCUGGAUGUGUAGUGUAACGGAGGUAUUCCCGUUGUUAGAAUUUAGGUACCGUGACAUCACCUCUAUUGAGGAUAUAUAUCUGACCUGCCUUGUAAAGACCGAUUCAGCUGUCCAUGGGAGAACCACACCCAUCCUUCAAUCAAGAUGGAACAAGACAUGCUUAAGGAGAGUUGGCACAGAAUGGAGACUGAGACUGCAAGGGUGGACCCACUCCAGAUUCUUUGGGCGUGGACGACACCUGAAGAUCGGCAGCAAGGCCAAGAGACGGCGAGGGUGUGGUCAUUCUAAACUUCAGGAGUGACCAACACCGGAAGAAGUGAGAAGAAAGACCAGUCAAAGACUGCGAGGUUCAAGCCACUCCGGACAGUAGGAGGGGCUGACACCGUAACAAUCAAGGUAGAAGAGAGUUCCUGGGAAAAGAAGAUGACGGUGUAUCCUGUGGAUGGGGGAGUCGGUUACGGUGAAGGGCAGGUCGGAGGAAGUCAUCGGGUUAGAUGAUGUCUAGGUACCUAAGAGACAGGGUGCACUCCGGUUUUCCUGGACCAUUACCAAGGAUGGGGUUGAGGGGGGCAAAGAUGCCUCCACCCUUCCCCCCAAGAGAUUGUCGCAUUUCCGACAACAGGGGGAUUGUUGAGGAAGGGUGGCGCGUAUUGUGUGGGUGUGUGUGUAUGUAUAUGUAUUGGCGGUGCAGAGGACGAUGUGCGCAAAUGUGCCCAGCACCUGCGCCCAUCCGCCUCCGAUAUUCCCCAGGGGCUCAUCCAUGCCCCUGUGGGAAUUCAUAUAGUGUGGCCCGCGAAUGCAUAUACAUAUACACGUGCCCCUUUAAUAU